AUGAUUACGAUCCCUUAUCUAACCGCUGUAUCAACAUACUUCAGCUACGGAUUGCUUUUUGCAUUUGGUCAGCUCCGUGAUUUCUUCCGCCGUUUCCUCGAUUGGUGGUUCGCUAGCAAUCUCAAUGGAUACGCACCGAUCUGUUUGGGGCAUGAAGAUUUCUAUAUCAGGCGGUUGUAUCAUCGGAUUCAGGAUUGUUUCGGACGACCCAUAUCGAAUGCACCUGAUGCUUGGUUUGAUGUGGUCGAACGCUACUCUAAAGAUAACAACAAGACGUUAAAGUGA